GCCGCCGAUGGCAUCUACUCAUCAUCAUCAAGUAGUCGUCGAAGAACAAGGGGAAGGAGUUCCGGAUCGAAUAGACCAAAUGGAGCUGUUGAACGCAUCGCCAGUAGGUGCGAAAGAAAAACCAGCCAGUUCAGAGAACUUGAUCGAGCAGACACUUUCUGUUAAAGAUGAGAAAUUGGUUCCCGAUAAUGUUUCACAAGAUGCAAACAAUGUGGAUGCGUCAAGGGAUACUUCAUCUCAGCUGGGACCUUUGGAUGGCAGUAGAGACUGCAGUGAUAUUAAUCAAACCGUUGUCUCUGCACCUCAAGCACAGUCUGCCUUAAGUGGAGGAUAUGAGAAUGCUACUGGUGAAUGGGAGGAUUAUUCUCGUUAUAUCAAUGUUGAAAGCAUUGAAGCUGGCUCUACAGGUGUUUACAAUGAGAAUCCCUCUGUGAUGUUCCACACUGGUUAUGGAUACAGUCCUCAGUUACCACCUUAUGGACCAUAUUCUCCAGUGACAACUCCUCUUCCUUCUGGCAGCAGAGAUAACCAGCUUUACUCUCAGCAAUUCCCAUUCCCUGGCCCUUAUUACCAGCAAACACCUCCUCCUAGCAUGUCCUAUCUUACGUCGGCAACUCCAAUGUCACAACCUGAUGUGACUAUGCCAGUUGAGCAAGGUGCAUUUCUUGGUGAUAGUUCAAAUUCCCAUGGCAUGCUGUUUGGGCCAGGACCAGACUAUUCUCUUCCAUAUAGUCCUUUUGGCACGGAAAAUUUUGGUGGGAGUUCUGGUAACCCUGCUUUAUAUGAUUUGCGACAAGGGUUUGAUGGUUUUGGAAAUAAUGGGUUUUGGUCAGAUUGGUUGAAUUCUCCAGAUGGGGCAGGAUCCUUGAAUCCAAUGCCUUCGCCAGCAGCUUCGCCACAACCUGUUGGUGGAUUUCGAUCAUUUGGACAGGGCAUUGGACCUUUAUCUUCUGGGAUGGUCUCUCAAGACCAAAAACCUAUGUAUGGUUUUGGAUCAUCACUCGGCUCAUAUGAUGGAGGGUACUUUCAUGGUGGGGUGUAUCAUCAGGGAAGUAAUUAUGGAGGAUCUAUUCACAGCUUAGGAACUAAUGGGCAUAGCUUUCUCGCAGUCGAUAAAGGAAGAAGGAGAGGAAAAGGGGGUGCCUCCUUAUGUAACUGUAAUGGUGCUCUUGAUUUUCUCAAUGAGCAAAACCGAGGACCGCGGGCCACUAGGCCGAAAAAAUUGAUCAUGGAACACAGCUUUCCAGAUGACAGUAAGAGUGGCAAUUCUCAUGCACGGCCUGUCAGUGAGUUAUAUAAUAGUCCAGACUUUUCUACUGACUACACCGAUGCCAAGUUUUUUAUUAUCAAAUCUUAUAGUGAGGAUAAUGUUCAUAAGAGUAUCAAGUAUGGUGUUUGGGCGAGCACUGCUAAUGGGAACAGAAAGUUAGAUUCUGCUUAUCAUGAAGCAAAAGAAAAAGGACACUCCUGCCCAGUUUUCCUCUUUUUCUCGGUUAAUGCCAGUGCGCAAUUCUGUGGAGUGGCUGAGAUGAUUGGACCUGUUAACUUUGAGAAGAAUGUGGAUUUCUGGCAACAGGACAAGUGGAGUGGCCAGUUUCCUGUCAAGUGGCAUAUCAUUAAAGAUGCUCCUAACAGUUUGUUUCGUCAUAUCAUUCUAGAAAACAAUGACAACAAGCCCGUAACCAACAGCAGAGACACCCAAGAGGUGAAAUUGGAUCGGGGUCUGGAGAUGUUGAGCAUCUUCAAGAAACAUGAAGCUGAUAUGUCAAUUCUUGAUGACUUUGAUUUCUACGAGGAAAGGCAGAAAGCCAUGCAGGAAAGGAAGUCCAGACAACAGCAUGGGCAAUCCAACCCUACAUUUCCUGUCUUGUCAGCUGCCAUUGAUGAGCUAAACUACUCGGCACCAAAAUCUGGGGAGGUGAUGAGUCAAAUUUCAAAGACCUUUGCUGAGGUGGUACGGCUGGAUGAAGGGAAAACUCCAGAUUCAAAGGCAGAUAAAGGUAACUCCACCACCACCCUAGCUGCUGCUGCUGCUGCUGCUAAGACCGAGGAUUUUAAGGAGGAAGCUACAGCAGAGGUUGCUCAAAAUAGUUAAGAGCGUUCAGCCGGAAGCUUUACCAUCCUCUCUGUCAUGCAUCCGUCUGUUUCUUGUUUUAUUCAUCACAAGUUUGGACGCAGUGACUGCUGGAAUCACACGAUGACAAAGACCGUGGAAAUGAUCACUUCUGGAGGCCGCAACAAGCAUGGUUGUAAAGUAUACAGAUGUUUCAGGAAUCUUUGGUUGUAACCUCGGUUUUUUGUCUUCUUCCUAUUUGUUAUUUUGCGUUGUGCUUGUUGGUUUUGUUUUCUUUUUCAGUCAUCUUUCCUUGUUCUUUAAUGGCAGAGUUUAUUGGAGCUGAUGUUUCUCCCAGCUCUUUUAAAGUUCUAGGUCUAGAUGAAUAAAAUUUCAGCCCCCGGGGUACUAGUUUGUAUAUUGAAUCUUUGCGUCUUUAAAACAGUAAAAGGACAUUGUGUUGAGUGAGGCUG